AGUUGCAGGCGUUGGUCGACAGUUUGAUGAAUAAGCUGAAAAGCAAAACUGAUGAGAAUACCCAUCUCGUCGCACAAAUCUUAAUCCAGAAGACAACCGAGACAGUGUUAACCAAAGAGAUUGCAACUCUGAAGAAAGAGUAUGCUACCAAAAUCAAAGAUCUAGAGAAUACAGUGAAAGAAAAAGAAAAUCAGCUUGAGAAAGAGACAUCCAAUUGUCAUAAGCAGGCUGCACGGAUAGACGAGUUGACGGAAGAACUCUCAAAAUCAGUGACCGACCUGUCAAAUUACAAGAAGACCUGUGAUGCCAAAAUUGCAGAGCUGGAGGAGAAACUUAAGAUGGUCAAACAUAUGCUACAGGACGCCACUGCAAAACUGAAGGCAGUCGAUAAGGAGAAUGCUGAGCAUGUCCUGAAGAUCACUCAACUGCAGACUGAAAUGACAGCCAUUGUGAAUAAGGCGGUUACAGAAAAGGAAGUUCUGAAUAAUGAAAUUGCGGCUCUAAAGAAAGAACUCAGUGUGUGCACGGGACGGAACACCAAACUGACCUACACCAUCACAGAACUGAAGGCCAAUGAGGAGACAAUAAUCAAACAGUGCAGUCUCGUCAAUGACACAUUCGUUGAGCUGAAGAGGGAGUUUGACCUAACAAUAACUAAAGUUGAUGAGACUUCCCGUCUGAUUUUAACGAUGAAUAGAUUGAUUUCGGAAAUCGAGGAGCUGCAUAAGAAACUGGAGGGGGCAACAGACGAGAAGAUGGAACUGGAGACAGAGCUGAAGUCUAAAACCGAAGACCUGGAGAGAGUGGAGAAACAGCUGGGAGUGAAAAAUAGAAUGGACUCCAUAAACAUCAAGAAUAUCUUAAGUAUCAUAAUUCAGAAAGGGAAAACUAUAGAGGAAAGCAACGAGAGAUAUUUGCAACAAAUUGAUGAACUAGAGAAUGAGCUGAAUGAAAUUAUUGAUAAGUUCAAGGGAAAAGAAGAUGAAAAUACAAAACUAUUGAUGAGGAUAAUGUCCUUAGAAGAGGAUGUGACCUCUUUGCAGAGGAGAAUAUUGAGAACUAAGAAAGAGUCUGCCGAAAGGAUCAAGGAAAUUCAGAGACAACUGGAUCAGAAGUACAAAGAGAUCAAAGAUGUGAAAACAUUGAACUGUGGAAACAUGAAGGAGACGAUUGCAAAAUUGGAGCAGGAAGCCAAAAAACUGGAGUCAGAUUUAGCCAAGGAAAAACAGACUGCAGAGAACGAGAUCAAAGAACUGGAGAAACGCCUUACGGAGAAGAAAAAGCAACUGGAAAUUAACAGCCAGAAACUGAUAAGUGUGGACAGUAAAAACGGAGAACUAAAGUUGAGGCUAGUCACUAUGGAAACUGAAAUGACCACAAUUAUGUCUGGAUCCAAAGACUUGGAAGAGAAAUUAGCUGCCACAAUCAAAAGCCUGAAAGAAAAGUUGAAGGUCAAGGUGGAGGAAAAUGACCAACUGCAAAACACAGUCACAGCCCUGGAGCAAAGCAAGAAGGACAUUGAAGACAGCUGUACAACAAUCGAACAACAAUACACAGAUCUGAAGACAAAGUAUGAUAAAGACAUGAACAAAAUGGAAGACAUCCCAAAAUUAAUUCUCAAGGUCAACAUGCUGAGCAGUACAAUUGCAAGACUGCAGUUGGAGAUGAAGAACCUCUCAGGAGAUAAGACAGAGCUAGGGAAGGAACUUGAUGCGAAAAUGAAAGAACUGAAGGAAGCGGAAAAAGAACUGGGAACGAAGAGCCCAGCUGCAACACAAAUAAAAGAGCUCAUUGCUGUUAUACACGCAACAUCUUCAAGCACCGCUGAGAACAGUGAAGAGUAUUUACAGCGUAUCACUGCGCUAGAGGAUGAACUGGAUGAAAAGAUUGCUGCCCUGAAAGGCGAAGAAUCAGAAAAAAUUCAAGCAAUGAUCACAGUUAUCAAACAUGAGAACGAAAUCACCAUGCUGAAACACAGGCUAUCCAAAGCCAAAAAGGAAGCUUCCAAAGAGAUUGCAGUAAUUAAGGAUCAGCUGGCACAGAAGCGACAAGAGAUUAACCAAAUGAUAAUUGACGACUGUGGUGGAGCUGGCAAACGGAAGGAGGAAAUUGCUGCUUUGGAGAUAGAGGCCAAGGCUUUGGAGACCAAAUUGAAAACACUUCAGCAAUCCAGAGACAAAGAGAUUGCAGAAUUGAUGAAACGCCUUCAGAAGGUGGAGGGAGACCUGGACAGCAGUAGUGGUAAACUGCAGAGUUUGGAUAAGGAACGUGGAAAACUGAUUAGUAAGAUGAUUGCAAUGCAGGAUCAAAUGGCUCAGCUCGAAAGUGAUGACAAAGACGUGAAAGAGAAGACGGCAGAAGCGAUAGCUGACCUUAACAAAGAGAUCAGUAUUAAAGAUGAGGAGAAUGCCAAACUCACAGCAGAAAAUGAAGCGCUGAAGCGUAAAGCAGAUGAAGCCCAAAAAUGCGCUGGACUCCAAGAGAAGAUUGAGACCUUGGAGAAAAGUAAACAGGAAGUAAUUGACAGCUGUACCACUGUUGAGCAACAAUACUCAGAGCUGAAGACAAAAGCCGAUGGAUACAUUAAACAAAUCGAAGGCACUCCAAGAUUAAUUCUUCAGAUCAACAGUCUGAGCGCUGAUGCUGAGAGACUAAGGAAAGCCAUAGAGGACCACACUGGAGAUAAGACAGAACUGAGGAAGGAAUUGGAGGAUAAAAUGAAAGAACUGAAAAAAGUAGAAGCGGAACUUGGAGUGAAGAGUCCCGCGGCCACACAAAUUAAGGAGCUGAUCGCUGUAAUUAGAGAAAAAGCUGCAUUGAAGCCUGAGGACAACGAGGAGUAUAAACAACGCAUAGCUGCGCUAGAGGCGGAGCUGGAUGAAAAGAUUGCUGACCUGAAAGGAAAAGAAUCAGAAAAAAUCCAAGAAAUGAUCAAGGUGAUGCAACAACAGGACGAAAUCGCCCAACUGAAGGACAGGUUAUCCAAAGUCAAAAAGGAUACUUCGAAAAGGCUUACUGAGUUGGACACUGCACUGCAGAAGAAGCACCAAGAGAUUAAUGCAUUGAAAGCUGAAGAUUGUAAAACAGGAAAAUUUAAGGCAGAAAUAGAUGCUUUGGAAAGAGAAGCCACAGAUUUGGAGUCUGAACUGAAACAGCUGAGACAGUCCUCAGAAAGCAAGAUUGCUGACUUGAUGAGACGCCUUACACAAAAGGAGGACGAACUCAAAGCCAGCAGCGGGAAACUGGAGGCUUUAGACAAACAAAAUGGCAAACUGACUGUAAAGGCCAUUGAAAUGGAGCAAAAAAUGAAUUCACUCUUAAGUGAUGACAAAGACCUCCAAGAGAAGACAGCGGAUGAAAUAGCUGGUCUUAAGAAACAACUUCAAGUGAGAGACCAAGAGAAUGCAAAACUAAAGGCUGAAAAUGAUGAGCUCAGGGUAAGUGCAGACAAAGCUAAAGACUGUGCCCAGCUCAGAGAACAGAACGAAGACAUGAGGAAGCGAUUGAACAGAAACGAUGAACACCUUGCCACGCUGGAGAGAGAAUUGGAUAAGGCUUUAGGCCAACUUAAGGAAAAGGAGGCUGCACUCAAAGCACAACAAAUGAAAGGCAAUGCUUUGGAGGCGGAGAAAAAACAACUUCAGCAAUCAAUAGAGGAAAAAGAAGCGGAGACCAAAGACCUACAGAAAAAAGUCGGGGAAUUUGAGAAAAAGAUGGCAGCGGAUGCAGAAAAAGCAGUCCACAUGUCUCAGCCAGCCAUAGACCCUGGCACAGCUCACCCAAAGCUGCAACUGUCAAAUGGUAACACUGAAAUGAAACUCCUACAGACAGCACUCAAUGUGCCUGAAGGCCCAGCACGCUAUGAUGCUGUUAUAGGGGCUCUGGCUAGCACUGGGUUUGAUCAAGGCAGACAGUACUGGGAGGUUGGUGUGGCUGGAAAACCUUGUUACGUAUUAGGGGUAGCUGGUGAAACCGCUCAAAGAGAAGGACGCAUAAUGUUUGACCCCAGGAGUCAGUACUGGACCCUGGUGUUGACAAGAGCUGGUGUUCUCAAUACAGGUGCAAGAAAGAAAACUAAGCUGAGAGAGGCAGGCCAACCCAAGCCAACAAAGAUCGGAGUGCUGAUAGAUUUCAAAAAGAGAGAAAUUGCCUUCUAUGAUCCAGGAACUAGAGCUCUCUUGCACAAAUUCAGUAACAUAGAAGUGAAGUCAAGGCUCUUCCCCUUCAUGAGUACAUGUGAGGACACUGAGCAGGGUUCACCUCCAAUGGUCUUUGAUGUAGUCACCUCUGCUGAUUGGCUGAAGUCUGAAAAAUGACCUGCUUCCACUGAAUACUCAGCAUCUCUACCAAGUGCAUUCCAAAUGUAUUGCUUCCCUGGUAGUGUAGGAAGGUUGCUCUGUAAGCACAUAAUGACAAAUUAAAGCAUUUAUUUCGCAUCA